AUGGAUUCCCCCGCCAAACGACGGAAGACAGGCGAGUCAGGGAUUUCUUUAGUCCCGGAACUCUCGCAAAAUGGAUCGCGCCGACCAAGGCGACCGUCUUACCAGUCCCCAACAAGGGCCAGUCUUGCACGAACGAACCCGGAUGCAUUGGAGCGCGCGCUCACCAGGUCUCCCAGCCGACAAGCGAUAAGCAAAGAAAAACAACCAAGAGAUCCUCGGGUGCUUGGACUUCGCGAUCGCAAAGCACUGAGACCCUCACUCAGUGCCUCUGCUAGUCCGCUCACCCGACCAAGGCAGUCCGAAGGCCCAGAAAGUUCACCAAGCAGGCGCGCAAGUGGCAUACAAGCGUUCUCCAAACCGCCGCGCAGGAUUUCCAAGAGGAUCUUGCCAGGAGAUUUAGUGUUCGGGUCACCGCUGCCCCCUCCACCAAACCCCGAUUCCCACACUCCUGAGGGUCAAUUGGCAUCCGAGCUGGGCAGUGCUGCAGGAGAUAUAGAGCUGAAUUUGGGACCAGACCCUGGGUUUAUGGACGAUGACGACGCUGAGCCUGAAUUACCACCCACACCAACCCAGCUGGGGUUAGAAAAAGCUCCGGACCGGCCUAGGGGACUGAGUAGCAGCCCGAGUAUGCGACUGGAGAAACGAUCGAGACGGAGGCUUCACAACCCAUUGCAUGAGAGCCCCUUGAAAGCGGUGAAUUUCCAAUCACCUCCCUCGGAUGAAGACACGCAGUCAGCUUCAUAUCCUGAUGGGUUCUCUGCGGCGGUUCGAGAGAAGCAAGCCUCGCGCAAGAAGGCUACUGCCGAUUUGCGACGACUCCAGAAAGAAGUUGAGGAAUUGGAAUCCUGGGCCAAAAAGGUCGAAACGAACCCUGACCUGAAAGGCGACACCAGAGGCCUUGAUCAAUUCUUGUCUUUACUUAUAUCCGAGGAGGCAAACCGCACACAUCAGCCUAUAUCGCAAAAACCCCCUAAGCCUGCAUCUUCUCUUCUUGCUGCUCUACUCCCAUUCUCCGCCAAUAUACCCAGACCAAAGCGGCAGACAUCACCAUUACCGACAAACCCAUUCGCCCUGCAAGAAAACUCCCAAUCACUUCCAUAUUUAACAAUCUUCGCGCCAUUGAAACUCAAAACACGUACAACCCGGUCAUCACACAUGGGUGAUUUAUCAGAGACACACACUCUGACCUUUUCGCCUCCACCCCCAUUCCCAGCCAGUAUCUACAACGUGACUGUUGUGUAUGAGGCAGAUCCGGAAACUCAAUGUUUGACAUCCCUGUCAGUGCCCACUGCCGACAGCAAGAAAAGGAAAAUCCCCGAGCCCCUCCGCCGAUGGAUCGAUUCCCGACUGGAGAACCCACUUCUGAGACUGGACGUGGCAACCCUCUGUUGGGGCAUCAACCGCUACUGGGAAGUGACAGUUGCGCGUGCCCGACUAUGGGCACACAUCGACCAUAAAUACGGGCCUCGGGCGUCACAAGGCAGAGAUGAUACCGAGCCCAUAAAUGAGAACGGGGCCAUCACGAUUUCAGAUCUACGACGAUUAAUUCCUCAUAUUGAUCGAAGUUCAAUGAUCUUGAAAUCAAAGACCUCUGCCUCUGGUCCUCGGGUCAUGAUAUCAAACACUUUGGUAUUGGAUGAAUGGUCUGGAGAGCCUCAGCUACGGCCUGAGAUCACUGUCUCGGUUCCUGGUGCUGAUAAGAAGAUUGAUCAUGAAACCAAGAAGCUCUUCCAUGCGCUGCUACAUGGGGACCACGGCUUGUUUGGAAGUGACGUUGUCCAUGUUAAUUCGAUUCUGAGGGCGACUGAGGGUGCUCUUGGUGCUUUGUUUGGUUGA